AUGCCGACAGAAAAACGCUACGCCUGUGAUGACUGCGAGAAGCAGUUUGUCCGGCCUGAGCAUCUCUACCGCCAUCGCUUGAAUCACAGACCAAAGCGAAUCUACAACUGCUCCUCGUGCUCCAAGACCUUUGUGCGCCGCGACUUGCUCAAUCGUCAUGAGAAGCGCCACGAGCAGGGUAUGCCCGGCCAGAUCGGUCGCAGCUCUUCUCUGGUCUCGUCAACAGUAGCGGACACGCCCUCAGAGCCACAUUCGGCAUCAAGCCAUGGACCAACUCCAGGACCAAGUAUCAUGCCCCGGAGCACACCGCUGAUGUCCAAUCCCACUCCCGAAACUACUCAGUUGUUCUUCGAUUCAUCGACCGAUGUGCAAGGCGUUCGUGAGGACAUUGACUGGCUGUUCAGCAACGGUAACGUUCCCGAAUCCGCCGCCGACGGCUAUUACAAUGCAGCACCAUGGGCUCCCCCACCGCCACUGUCUCUUUCGCCCAGCAGUAGCAAUUCUUUUCAGUCGGCGGGAGACGUACCCAACCCUCAGCCCAGCGAGUGGAACGAGGUGCGUGCCAAUGUACUGUCAGCCUUGGACUUGAUUCUACCUCCACCAGUCCUGCAAAGCUCUUUCUUCGAACCCGAGAGCCUGCAGACCUUCUACGGCAUCUACUUUGCCAACUACAAUGCCCACUUUCCCAUUCUUCACGCGCCGACUUUCAACCCGCAAGAGGCCCCUCCUCUGCUGAUGGUGGCUAUCUUGACAUUAGGCGCAACCCUUUCCCCGGAUGAGACACAUUUCUCAACUGCAGAUAAGAUCCACGACAGCCUGAGAUGGCUCAUUUUCAGCUCCGAGGCUUUUCGACCACCUGCACCGCUAUGGUGCCUCCAGGCCUUACUAUUGGCCCAAGCACAGGAAAAGAUGUUCUCGUCUAGAAAGCACCACGAGAUGGCGCACAUCUUCCACGGCGCCAUCAUCACGCUCAUGAGGCGUGGCAGCUCUUACACAAGCGACCGGGCGAUGCCUCCAGAAUCGUCUUCGCUAGAGAAAGGAUGGCGCUCAUGGAUCGAUCGUGAGCUUGGUCUGCGUGCAGCGUAUUUUGCCUUCAUCAUGGACGCCCAGCAUGCUUCCAUAUUUGGGCAUACUCCUGCCCUUUCUGUCAGUGACAUUCGGCUGCCUUUGCCAUGCCCAGACCGGCUGUGGGAAGCCACAACGGCAUCUCGCUGGAAACGCGAACAGGCACGUCCCGAAGAGAUGCCCGAGUUCCUGCCAACACUGCGUGCAGUUCUCGCCCGAAGCCCACUGCCCUCGACGUUCUGCGCUUUCUCUCGCUUCAUCAUCCUUCAUGGCCUUUUCUCACUGGCAAAACACAUGGAAGCAAGAGAGCUUACGUCCAUCGACGUGGGCAGCCAUCCACUUUCACUUGAGGACAACCGCAGCAACCAUAGCAGCAAUUCCGAAUCCGGUGACGGCUGGCGCGAGACGCUGGACCGUGCGAUAGAGACUUGGUCGUACUCACUCAUGUCCCAGGAAGCCUCGUUGUGCCUCGAGGCCGCUCGAACGUUGCAGCGCAUCGCUCACAUUGUGCUGCACGUCAAUCUGAUCGACUUCCACGUCUUGGCUGGCGCGCUGACUGGGGCUCCAUCGUUAACGGGCAGUGAAAGAACAGCGGCCGAAUACGCACGGUCCAAGCAUCGCAUCGAGCAUUGGACCAAGAAACCGGUGGCGAAGCGGACGUUGUCGCACUGUUUCAUGCUGGUCCAGGAGACGCUGUUCUCGAGGCGUCAGUAUCAGGCUGCCGAAGACAACAUUGCUCUGCGGCCGUGGUGUCUCUACAAUGCUACUCUUAUCAUCUGGUCAUGGGGCAUGCUCACACAGGGCAAAUCCUCCAUGCCGAUCCUCUCAGCCGAAGAAUACAUCACGCACAUGAUGAGCUCCCUGCGCAGCGCGGUCGGCAGCCAGAGCCUGCCGGGCGCCAACCGCACGGACGGCCUCGUCGUCUCCGUCCGUCGCUCAUUGGCCAAUUGUAGGUGGGAACUGCUGCAGGAGGCAUUCGUCACACUCGGGAAGCUUCUCGAGAUUGAUACUGAGGUGGUGCAUCGCAGCUGA